ACGAAUUUCUAGUCAACUCGGCCCAGUCCGAAUUCACUAGGUGCCGAGUUCACCAAGUGCCGAAUUAACCUUUUUUUAAGUGACGAAUUAACUAGGUGGCGCUCCGAACAAUCGCAAUUUUGGCGGGAAUCCAGACCAGCAAGAUGUCUACGUGUUUGGUUCCAUACCCGAGGUUCGGGGACUGGCCGGGGCAGAUCGUGGAGAUUAUGCCGGGUCACCAACUGCGUGUGGCUUUGUUUCCUUCACUGGAGGAAACAAUUGUGUGCCAGCGUGACGUGAUCAAAGACCUUCCAGCCAAGGCGCCGAAGACCUGGAAAAAAGGCAGCCUUUAUGUCUUGAACAUUCGACUAAUUGAGAUUUUUUUGCAGGCUGCUGCAGCAAAGGUCCAGACCUCCUCCUCCAAAAAAGGAAAGGCUGCCGCAGCAAAGGUCCAGUCCAAGGACGUAGGAAGCGGGCCCAAAGCCUCCACUUCCAAAAAAAGAAAGGCUGCCGCAGCAAAGGUCCAGUUCAAGGACGUAGGAAGCGGGCCCAAAGCCUCCACCUCCAAAAAAAGAAAGGCUGCCGCAGCAAAGGUCCAGUCCAAGGACGUAGGAACCGGGCCCAAAACCUCCACUUCCAAAAAAAGAAAGGCUGAGGAGUCCAAGGACCUAGGAAGCAGGCCCAAAGCCUCCUCCUCCAAAGCAGUAAAUAAGCAGAAGGGCCAAGAUCAGAGAAGGACAACCGCCAGCAGAUUCGGACUUAAGAACUUUAUUGACUGUUCAUGGAGAACCUUGCUCAAAAAAAUGUAUUUAGAGCAUUCAGGCGUGACUUGCAUCUGCACAUGUAAUGGCCGACCUAUUAGUAGUGCACAAGCACUAAUAAAACACAUCGAGCGAAACCAUUAUGUAGGAGACUGUGUGGUGUUGGGCGAGGAGGACAUCAGCAUUGUACCACCUCCACAGUAGAAUGACUGACUGAAAAGUUUGGGCACAUGGCAAGUUCUGCGAUCUAUGGACACUACUACUACAAUCUACUAGUAUAUCUGGGAGGGACUGGGAAAUUUCAAGGGCAAGGCUUUAUAUAAUUCUUGUGUACAGUUAUCGCUUUUACCUUUUUAGCUCACCUGAACCGAAGGUUCAAGUGAGCUAUUCUCAUCACAUUUUGUCCGGCGUCCGUCUGUGCGUCCGUCUGUCUGUCUGUCCGUAAACUUUUCACAUUUUCGACUUCUCCAGAACCACUGGGCCAAUUUCAACCUAACUUGACCAAAAGCAUCCUUGGGUGAAGGGCUUUCAAGUUUGUUCAAAUGAAGGGCCAUGUCCCUUUCAAAGGGGAGAUAAUCACAAAAAUAGGGUGGGGUCAUUUAAAAAUCUUCUUCUCAAGAACCACUAAGCCAGAAAAGCUGAGAUUUACAUGAAAGCUUCCUGACAUAAUGCAGAUUCAAGUUUGUUCAAAUCAUGGGCCCCUGGGGUGGGAUGGGGCCACAAUAGGGGAUCAAAGUUUUACAUACAAAUAUAUAGGAAAAACUCAUGGGCCCCGGGGGUUGGAUGGGGCCACAAUAGGGGAUCAAAGUUUUACAUACAAAUAUAUAGGAAAAAUCUUUAAAAAUCUUCUUCUCAAGAACCACUGAGUCAGAAAAGCUGAUUUUUACAUGAAAACUUUCUGACAUAGUGCAGAUUCAAGUUUGUUCAAAUCAUGGCCCCCGGGGAUAGGAUGGGGCCCCAAGGGGGGAGCAAAGUUUUGCACACAAAUAUAUAGGGAAAAACUUUAAAAAUCUUCUCAAGAACCACUAAGCCAGAAAAGCUGAGAUUUACAUGAAAGCUUUCUGACAUAAUGCAGAUUCAAGUUUGUUCAAAUCAAGGCCCCCGGGGGUUGGAUGGGGCCACAAUAGGGGAUCAAAGUUCUACAUACAAAUAUAUAGGAAAAAUCUUCUUCUCAAGAACAACUGAGCCAGAAAAGCUGAUUUUUACAUGAAAACUUUCUGACAUAGUGCAGAUUCAAGUUUGUUCAAAUCAUGGCCCCCGGAGGUAGGAUGGGGCCACAAGGGAGGAUCAAAGUUUUACAUACAAAUAUAUAGGGGAAAACUUUAAAAAUCUUCUUCUCAAGAACCACUAAGCCAGAAAAGCUGAGAUUUACAUGAAAGCUUCCUGACAUAAUGCAGAUUCAAGUUUGUUCAAAUCAUGGGCCCCUGGGGUGGGAUGGGGCCACAAUAGGGGAUCAAAGUUUUACAUACAAAUAGAUAGGAAAAAAUCAUGGGCCCCGAGAGUUGGAUGGGGCCACAAUAGGGAAUCAAAGUUUUACAUACAAAUAUAUAGGAAAAAUCUUUAAAAAUCUUCUUCUCAAGAACCACUGAGUCAGAAAAGCUGAUUUUUACAUGAAAACUUUCUGACAUAGUGCAGAUUCAAGUUUGUUCAAAUCAUGCCCCCCGGGGAUAGGAUGGGGCCCCAAGGGGGGAUCAAAGUUUUGCACACAAAUAUAUAGGGAAAAACUUUAAAAAUCUUCUUCUCAAGAACCACUAAGCCAGAAAAGCUGAGAUUUACAUGAAAGCUUCCUGACAUAAUGCAGAUUCAAGUUUGUUCAAAUCAAGGUCCCCGGGGGUUGGAUGGGGCCACAAUAGGGGAUCAAAGUUUUACAUACAAAUAUAUAGUUAAAAUCUUUUUUUCAAUAACCACUGAGUCAGAAAAGCUGAUAUUUACAUGAAAACUUUCUGACAUAGUGCAGAUUCAAGUUUGUUCAAAUCAUGGCCCCCGGGGGUAGGAUGGGGCCACAAGGGGGGAUCAAAGUUUUACAUACAAAUAUAUAGGGAAAAACUUUAAAAAUCUUCUUCUCAAGAACCACUAAGCCAGAAAAGCUGAGAUUUACAUGAAAGCUUCCUGACAUAAUGCAGAUUCAAGUUUGUUCAAAUCAUGGGCUCCGGGGGUUGGAUGGGGCCACAAUAGGGGAUCAAAGUUUUACAUACAAAUAUAUAGGAAAAAUCUUCUUCUCAAGAACCACUGAGCCAGAAAAGCUGAUUUUUACAUGAAAACUUUUUGACAUAGUGCAGAUUCAAGUUUGUUCAAAUCAUGGCCCCUGGGGGUAGGAUGCGGCCACAAGGGGGAUCAAAGUUUUACAUACAAAUAUAAAGUUAAAAUCUUUUUUUCAAUAACCACUGAGUCAGAA